GUGUUGUCGAGCCGGUAUCAUUAGUGGUCGUUCAGAUACUAGAAUAGCGCUUUUCACAUCGUAUUUAACUGGUUUGACGCGUUUAUCUGAGCUUAGAAUGUUAUAUUUAAGUGGACUUUCUGUGGCAUUGGCUCUCGCGCUGGUUCCGAGCUGCAGUGAUGCUUUGAAAGAUGGAGAGUGUGAAGUCUGUGUGGGUUUCCUCCAGCGGCUUUACCAGACGAUACAAGAAAACAACGUCAAGUUUGACAGCGACUCAAUUGAAAAGGCUCUUCUAAAAUCGUGUAAAGACGCCAAAGGGAAAGAAAACCGAUUUUGUUAUUAUAUAGGUGCAACGAGUGAUGCAGCAACAAAGAUUACCAAUGAAGUUUCCAAACCAAUGAGUUACCAUGUGCCAGUGGAAAAGAUCUGCGAAAAACUCAAAAAGAAGGACAGUCAAAUCUGUGAACUCAAAUACGAUAAACAAGUUGACUUGAGCUCCGUCGACCUUAAGAAGCUGAAAGUGAAAGAUCUGAAGAAAAUUUUGGAAGAAUGGGGCGAGUCCUGCAAAGGAUGCGUGGAGAAAUCUGACUUCAUCCGCAAAAUCAAUGAGCUGAUGCCCAAGUAUGCACCCAGCGCAGCCAAGGCACGGACAGAUCUGUAAACUCGCAGGGACUGAGGGAGUGGCCUGAGGCGUUUAGGGUGGAGAUUUGGCGCUGUGCAGCUUGACUGAGCACCUAACAGCGGGGCUUGCAUUGUGUUGUCACUUUACCAUGUUCUCCAGGGGUAAACAAACAUGACUCGCACUUCCACAAACACACAGCAUUUAAUUUAUGUUCUGAGUUAUGAUAUCCAACACAAGAGAAAUGCCUCCUGACGUUAUGGGAAACAUGUUCGACACACUUUGCCUAGUUUGAUUGACAUUUUCUUUCCUUUUUUAUUUUGGCUUUCUUAGUUUGACUCAUUAUAUGAGCUGUAAUGAGUCUCGUCUUCAGAACAUUGGGUCAGUUUGACUGGACUUCUUUGCUGUAAAAUGUUUAAUACAAUUAUACUGUCUUUUUCAUUAAAAUGGGAAAAAGCCAA